GGGUGGGGAGGGGAGGGCGUGGAGCGGGUCAGGGAGGCGCUGACCGUGCUCGAUAAAGCCGAGGAAAGACUAGACCAGUCCGACCGGCCGCGCGUAGCGAGCGUGCACCUCGCGCGCGGCAUAGCCCUCUCCGCGCUCUCCGAGCUCGAAGCGGACCACCUCACGCGCCCCUCGCACCUCUCCUCCGCCCUCAGUCACAUCGAACGCUCCAUCGAGAUGCACGCGACGCCGUCGGCGCACUAUCAUCUUGCGUUGUUGUUGGCGAGGCCGUUACCCGGAAGGGAUGUGGAGAGGGCGGUUGAGAGCGCGAGGAGGGCGGUGGAGGGAGAGCCGGGGGAGGACGACCCUCCCAUUGCCGCGUCCGCCUCAGACGAAGACGCGACCACUCCACCGCCAGCGUCCGAACCCAUCUCUGUGCUACCGGCUGGCGCAAAACGCAUACCCCCCGCAUCAACGCUCCUCGCACCCCUCCCCGACCACCCGCCCCCUACGCCCUCCGAGCGCCUCUACCAAGCGACCCAGCUCCGCAUAUCGCUCAUGGCGCUCACAGAGCUCACGGACGGCGCAGAGGGCGCGGGCGAAAGAUGGGUCGAGGUGUUCGGCUGGUUCGCCGAGCGGAGUAAGGGUGUGCGUGGGGUGGGGGAGAGUCGGAGGGGGAGUAUGGACACGGCAAGGUCGAGGGCGGUGUCUGUGAACACGGCGCCGAAUGGACACGUUGGGGUUGUGGAGGGGGGUGGGGACGGAGGGGCGCAGGGGCAGCCAGAUGGGAUUGCCGCGUCGCAAUCUGUGCAGGCGCAAGCGCAGGUUCAGGCGUCGCCGGAUAUAAACAUCACCCCGCCCUCGCCCGGCGCGUCCGGCCAGAUAUCCCACUCUCACUCUCACUCACUCGAUCACGAUGAGCACGACCAUACGAGACGAUCAUCCGACAGCGGCGGGAAGAAGGUGCAGAGGAUACUGCAAAAUCAGGUGUCGAAGGGCAGCCAGCGGGUGAGCUCUAUAAGCAAGAAGAUGGCGAGCGGCGUUACGGGCGUUGGGAGGGGGCGAAGGAGGGGGGUGGGCAUGGCGCGGACUAGUUCGUUGAGCUCGGAGUUCUAUUCGGGAAAUGGAGGGCUGGACCAGUAUCAGGCGUCCUCGAUCCAUUCGCGCCGGACGUACAGCCCCUUCGCGUCGAUGCAAAAUCUCUCCACCCCGCCCUCCCCCUCUUCCACACCC